GCCGGGCUGCUGCUUUGCGCGCUGCGGGGCCACACUGCGACCACACCGAGGAGGAAGAAAAGAAAGCCGGGGACCGACGGGGGGGCCAGCCGAGCCAGAGCGGCGGACAUUUAAAAAAAAAUCCGAAGAAGAAGAAGGACGCGGUAGGAAGAAGGAGGAGCGGACAGCGAGCCCGAGGAGCAGAAGCAGAAGGCGGAGACGCGUUCCUCCCUCCAUCUCUGCCUCCGUGAAGAAGAGCCGAGAGGAGCAGCAGCAGGAGGACCGCGGGGACCUCGGAGCGGAGAAAACGACGAACGACGCGGAGCCGGAAGCCUCCCCCCCAACCCCCUGGACCAGGGACAAUUCUCCGUUUGUAGCAGCGGCGCGGCGACACGAUGAAGGACCGCACGGCGGAACUGCGAAGCGCUAAGGACAGCGACGACGAUGAGGAGGUGGUGCAGGUGGACAGGGACCACUUCAUGGACGAGUUCUUCGAACAGGUGGAGGAGAUCAGAGGCUGUAUAGAAAAGCUGUCGGAGGACGUGGAGCAGGUCAAGAAGCAGCACAGCGCCAUCCUGGCCGCACCCAACCCUGACGAAAAGACCAAGCAGGAGUUGGAGGACCUCACAGCUGACAUCAAGAAGACAGCCAAUAAAGUUCGCUCAAAAUUAAAAGCAAUCGAGCAGAGCAUCGAGCAGGAGGAGGGGCUCAACAGAUCAUCAGCGGACCUCAGGAUCCGUAAGACACAGCACUCGACACUGUCACGCAAGUUCGUGGAGGUGAUGACUGAGUACAACACCACGCAGUCCAAGUACCGCGACCGCUGCAAGGACCGCAUCCAGAGACAGCUGGAGAUCACUGGAAGAACCACUACCAACGAGGAGCUCGAGGACAUGUUGGAGAGUGGCAAGCUGGCCAUCUUCACUGAUGAUAUCAAAAUGGACUCUCAGAUGACGAAGCAGGCCCUGAACGAGAUCGAGACCCGGCACACUGAGAUCAUCAAGCUGGAAAACAGCAUCCGCGAGCUGCACGACAUGUUCGUCGACAUGGCCAUGCUGGUCGAGAGCCAGGGCGAGAUGAUUGACAGAAUCGAGUACAACGUGGAGCACUCCGUCGACUACGUGGAGCGAGCUGUCUCCGACACCAAGAAAGCCGUCAAAUACCAGAGCCAGGCUCGCAAGAAGAAGAUCAUGAUCAUCAUCUGCUGUGUCAUCCUCGGCGUCGUCCUGGCGUCGUCCAUCGGUGGCACGCUGGGCAUGUAACGUGCUUCGCCACCUGCUGCCAUGACGACCGAACACCGACUGACCGACCGUCCAACCGACAGCCAGCAGAGAAAAGAAACACCAACGACGACACAAAAACUUGAAACACAAAUGCAAGACAGAUAACCAAUCAGCUAGGAAGAGAUAACAACCCAAUCACAGAUAAGAGGAAACAUCACGGGUUCGGGUGGGGUUCAAAAAACAAGAAAAAAUCAUGAGAAAACGCCAUGACAUCAUAGCUGACUGACUACACUACAUAUACAAAAGAGGGUACAGAUAAACCUAUUUAUUACAGAUGUACAUGUAAAUGUAUUAAACAUGAAGCAACACGUGGGUUAGCUACCUGUAAAAACUGAUGACCUAUAAUAUGACAUUUACUUGUUUGUUUGCUUGUUUUGCCUCUUUUCUUAUUUUUUAAAAGUUUCUUUCGUUUUUUCCGGAGUCUCCGAGGACAGUGACGGCAACGGCUGCCGGGUGGGAGUUCUGCCCGUCAAGGCUCCGGAGCUCAGCGCCUUUGGGAACGAGCUCAUAUAACAAAAUAAAAGGCAAAAAAAAGAGAGAGAACAUGUUUCUAUCACAUUCUGGAACUCUGGAGCGUUCCUGAGCUGCGCCCUGGAAUACUUUCUGUUCCAGAGCGCAGACGGGAACAAGCAGCCGAAGGUUCCGGAAUGUCAGCCUGCAGAACGAGCACCCUCCGGCAUUGGCAGAACACGCUCUGCCCCCUUGUUGCUAGGAGGAGCUUCACCGCUGCCUCUUUAGACCACCUCUCAUUGGUUGCUCACUCCUGGUGUUCACCUCAGUCAGCCAAUGAAAUUAGCUUAACCUGGCGAAGCCUGGCCUGCCACCCGUUAUUUAGAAUGCAUCAAGGACUUUGACCGUGACACGCUUCCCUCUGAGUUUGGGGGAGGGAGGCGUGUCCGCGGCAAGAACCUCCCUUUUUUGUCACACCUAUCCAACCAAAGAGCCGGGGGAGGGCCUCUGGUUGUCAGGCUGAAUUUGAUUGGCCGGCGGCAGAAAAGAACGUGAUGUUUGACUGACAGGUGAACGAUGGGGAGGAAGGGGGCAGGAGGGUUCGGACGAGCGAGAGUCAAUCUAUGCAGUUUAGAAAACCAUGCCUCCCCAUCACUGGGACAGCCAAUGAGGAUUGGGCAUUUCGGUGAUCUGAUCAGAUCCGCGGUCGUCAUCUCGAAGCUGUCACAGCUGUUCCGGAAGAUCCUAAAAAA